AUGUUUCCUCCCACGGUGACCCUUCCAUCUUCAUCAGGUGUUCCUCAGAUGGUUCCUUCCAUGGUGUCUUUCCAUCCUGAUGUUCCACCUUGCUUCAAAGUUCUCACCAGGUUCCCUUUCAGAUGUUCUUCAGAUGUUUCCUCCCGUGGUGACCUUCCAUCUUCUCCUUCGGAUGUUCUCCAGAUGUUUCCUUCCAUGGUGACUCUCCAUCCUGACCUUCCCCCUUGCUUCCAUCUUCUCAUCAGCUUCCAUCUCGGAUUCAGCUCCACCUCGAACCCAAGUCCUUCUUUUCAUGGAUCCCCAACAACGUGA